AUGGUGUGGAUAUCGUACUAUUUGGCUAUUGUGGUAAUGCCUGGUCGUCCACCUGCCAACUAUAAGGUGCCCAAGCACCACUGGAAGAAAUGGUGCAAAAAAUGUGAAAACUACAAGCCCGAGAGAGCUCACCACUGUCGGAAAUGUGAUAGCUGCAUUUUGGCAAUGGACCAUCAUUGUCCAUGGACAAAUAAUUGCGUUGGCCACGGAAACAUGCCCCAUUUCAUCAGGUUUCUAGUGUGGGUCAUUUUCACCACCGGACUCACCCUCUACGAGUUGCUGAAGCGCGUUAUCAGCUAUUACUACAACUCAGACCUUCCCGCAUACCUUAUACGAAAGUCGGAAAUGGUCACAGUGAUUGCGUGCUGGCCAUUGGACGCUUUUGUCUUCUUUGCGAUCAUUGUGCUCUUUAUCAAAUGCAUGAUCCACCUUUGGAGCGGAAAAACACAGAUUGAGACAUGGGAAAUGGAGCGAAUCGAAUCUCAAUUCCAUACGGAGCGUCUUUGGUUGAAGAUCAGAAACAACUAUAGAUUGGUGCACGGGAAAGAAAUGCCUAAGCUUACGUCCUGGAACCUCACCACAAAUCAGUAUGAAGAGCUCAUGGAGAUGGAUGAAAUAGAACAGGAACAAGAUAUUGACCAAUCAGAACGUCAACCUCUAGACCCAGACGGAGUUGUUCCUCUUACUUUUACUCCCGACGACCUUAUCUUUCCGUACGAUUUGGGACCAUGGAAAAACAUCACCAACGCACUUGGAAGCCCAUGGACGUGGCCCAUGCCAUGGGGAAGAGCAAAGGGGAACGGUUACGAGUAUGCUACAAAUGAAGAUGACGACCAAUUGGGCUUACCAUGGCCCCCAGAUGGAGGAAACGUGGAGUUCCAAGGUCGAGAGUUUUCUGACGAAGAAUUGCGUCAAAUGGACAUAAGACUCAUCAGAAAGCAUUUGGAUCCUCGGAGCAACAUGUCUCGUAAUCAGUGGAUCAACGAUAUGGGAGAAACGCUCAAUGAUUACGGAGUCGACGUGGAGGCAGAAGAAGAAGGUGGAUUGGCCGAAUAA